AUGACUCCCAAGUUGAUAACGGCCCACGAGCUACGACGCCACUGGCUCAAUCGUCUAGAAAUUGCCUUGCUGGACGUUCGUGAAGAAGGACCCUUUUCCAAGUCCCACCCGCUCUUCGCACUGAGCGUGCCAGUCUCCGAGAUAGAGGAGAAAUUACCCCCACUGGUCCCCCGACAUGCAACUCCGGUAGUUGUCUACGAUAAUGGCGAGGGCUACGUUGAGAGAGCUGUAGCUCGUAUUGCCGCCUUGGGCUAUAGCGACGUCGCUAUUCUGGAUGGGGGUUUGGUAGGAUAUACGCGUGUGGGUGAAGUCUAUCGCGAUGUGAAUGUCCCGUCCAAGGCAUUUGGGGAAUUGGUCGAGUCGAUUCGACACACGCCGUCGCUGUCGGCCAAAGAGGCGAAGGAUUUUUUAGAUCGGGAGAGGAAUGUGGUUGUGUUGGAUGCGCGGCGCUUUUCAGAAUACUCGACCAUGAGUAUCCCCCGCGGUCGCAGUUGUCCUGGUGGGGAAUUGCUAUAUCGCAUUUUCGAAGCCGCGCCGUCGCCGGAUACGACGGUUAUUGUGAACUGCGCGGGUCGUACGCGGAGUAUCGUUGGGACGCAGUCGUUGAUCAAUGGUGGGAUUCCUAAUAAAGUCAUGGCGUUGCGGAAUGGAACUAUCGGGUGGACGCUGGACGGUUUGGAGUUGGAGCAUCGCAAGGCCGAGCGCAUUCCUCUGCCUUCCCCGGAGGCAUCUCUCAAAGCCAGACAGCAUGCUGAAUCCUGGGCUCAACAUGUCGGAGUGUCGGUCAUUGACGGGGAGAAGUUUCGUCGGUUGGCAGCGGAGGAAGAGCGAACACUCUACCUCCUCGACGUGAGAGACCCGGAGGAAUAUGCUCAUGGUCACCCGAAGGGAUUCCAAAAUGCCCCGGGAGGUCAACUGGUCCAGGCAACGGAUGAAUGGGUAGGUGUUCGCGGUGCUCGCAUUGUGUUAUACGAUACAGACGGGGUGCGAGCCCGCAUGACGGCCAGUUGGCUGUUGCAGUUAGGAUGGGAGGUCUUUGUCCUGGACGAGACCUCCAUCACCACCGUCUCGGACAAUCUCCCGAGACCAGAGCCUCCCAAAUGGAGCGCACCGGUGGAUACGGUCGCAAUCUCCAUCACAGUCGACGAACUCCGAGCCCUCCCCAACGCCAACGUGGUGGAUCUCGCCCGCAGUCCGGUCUAUCGCCAGGGCCACAUUCCCGGUGCAUCCUUUGCAUCGGGUCCGGAACUGGCUCGCGAUUUGCAUGGUGUGGAUGGUACGGGACCGAUUGUAUUGACCUCGCCUGAUGGGAUGGUCGCAGGGAUCAAUGUGGAAUAUGCGCGGGAGAGUAUUUCGCGCGAGGUGGUCUAUCUAUCCGGCGGCACCAAUGCCUGGAUCGCAGCGGGACAUGCACUGGAAAAUGAGACGAGGUGGCUGUCACAACCCAUUGAUGUGUAUCAACGACCGUACGAGGGGACGGACAAUGCGCGAGAAGCGAUGCAGGGGUAUCUCGACUGGGAGUAUGGAUUGGUGGGACAAUUGGCGAACGAUGGAAUCUCCUGCUUUCACGUUGUCCGAGAGAGUCGAGAGUCGAGGUGA